GAAGUUUUUUUUUUUUUCGUCUGCUCUUACGUCUAAAACUCAUGAGAUGAGAUGGGCUGUGCACUCUUUGCCUUAAACCAACACACCACGACUGUGCUGAAUUCAUCUUGCAACGAAUUGCGUGAUCAGAGAUAAAAAAGCCGCCGCAUCCGUGGAGCUGACAGAUUGCCGGAUCUUCACUAAUGACUGAGGACAUAGGAGCAAGGAACCACAGGAGACACAAUGCCUAGGUCUUUCUUGGUGAAGAGCAAAAAAGCUCACAGCUACCACGAGCCGCGAUCUUUGGAAGAUGACCACAACAGACUUGAUACUAUUUUAGCUCAUAUAUGUGCAGAAAGCAAAACUUCAGAUGAGUGCUGUCCGGAUGUCCUGACCGGUGACACGACUGGCGCUUGUUCCCCGGACUCUCACCUGGUGGAUCACGCGGAUCUUUCCUCGAAGUCUCCUCUCAGCAGUGACGGAAGCGUGUGCGACCGCUCCUCAGAUUACGAAGACUUCUGGCGACCUCCAUCACCAUCAGCAUCACCGGAGUCAGAAAAGUCCUUUUCACCCUCUGGUGAAGAAACGCAUCCCUUCACCGUCCCCUUCAGGCCUUACGCGUGGAGCAGGUACUCGGGAUGUGAAAUCCGACAGCUGGUCCAGCAUACUCUCAACCAUCACCGCUCUCCUCCAGCCUAUUACAGCGAUCGCGUGGUCGAGCCCUCUCUCUUCAACGAAAGAGGAUCUGGUGCUACCAUUUACAACAGUUAUGGUUCCACUGCCACCCUGUUCGAGCGCGCCACUGCCUCUGGACUUUAUGAUGACAGCAGCAUACUGGGAAAAGGAACUGAGAUGAAAUCCAGCGCUGAUGUGAUGUGUAAUCGACUCCUGCUAAAUGGCGCAUUCAAAUGUAUAAAAUGCAGCAAGGUGUUCUCCACACCGCAUGGCUUGGAAGUUCACGUUCGGAGGUCGCAUAGUGGAACAAGACCUUAUGCUUGCGACAUCUGCGGGAAAACGUUCGGACACGCGGUCAGUCUGGAGCAACACAGAGCUGUUCACUCACAGGAGAGAAGCUUUGAUUGUAAAAUCUGUGGGAAAACUUUUAAAAGAUCAUCUACUUUGUCCACGCAUCUCCUCAUCCACUCCGACACACGGCCCUACCCGUGCCAGUACUGCGGAAAGAGAUUCCACCAGAAAUCAGAUAUGAAGAAACACACAUUCAUCCACACAGGGGAGAAGCCACACAAAUGUCAGGUGUGUGGGAAAGCUUUCAGUCAGAGCUCCAAUCUGAUAACACACAGUCGAAAGCACACCGGAUUCAAACCGUUCGGAUGUGACCUCUGCAGCAAAGGAUUCCAGCGCAAGGUCGAUCUAAGAAGACACAAGGAAACACAACACGGACUGAAGUGAGGAAACGAGUCCAGGACUUUACCAAACACUACUGGACAACCUUUAAAAGUCUUUUCCAUUUAAAAAGCUACAAAUGCUUCUUCAGAAAACAUUAAAUCAGUGUUCAGAGAAGGCGAUUUUAAAGCGUUUACAUUGGUUUGUAGAGCUGUUUAUGCUUUGUGAGAUUUGCCUACGAGUCAGCAGCAGGCCAGCAGGUCUGGCAGCUUUCACGGUGAUGUUAGACAGGGGUAUCUUGAUCCAAAUCAAUAGCCCGCUGCAGAGACAUGCCAGGCAUCGUGUCUGAACCCAAAAUAUUAUCACCAAAAUAAUCAGGGACGAAAUAUAACCGCCGCGAGAAAGGACACUGUAGGCUAUCACCCAAAAUAUCAGCUGAAGGAGAGAAAAAUCAGCGCAUCUCAUAAGAAUGUCACUUUGUUUUCAAGGCUGCGAAGGGAAUGCUGGCAAAACAAGCACUACAAUAAGACUGCGAGAUUUCAUCAAUAAAAGGACUGUUUGUGUACUAUAGCCCAAUUAAAUGAUUUGGCAACAUGUCGAAGCCUUUUCCAUUCAUCAUUUUUUAUUUCUAUUUAGAUUUCGUUUUCUUUAACGUAGUAGGCUAAAUAUAUUCGAUUACAUUAAAUUAAAUUGUCAUUUACACUAUUUAUUGGAAUAAAGAAUAAACAGAGA